AUGCCUAUUUUCUCUUCUCCAUUAAAACUCGAAAUAAUUCGAGUUAUAAAUAUCAUUACGAUUAUACUAGUUUUUUCUGCUCAUGCAUAUUCGGCAGUGUAUUCUAGCAAAGAACGUUACACCUAUUUGACCCUUUCACCAAAUUUUGAAGCAAUAUUUUGGUUUGCUCUAUAUAUCUUUCAAUUCGGUUAUGCUUUAUAUGCUCAAUUUUAUAAUACUCGUCUCAUACACGAUAUUGUUGAAAAUGUUAUUGGCUAUUUAUUUGCUUUUAACAACUUGUUUAUGUUUGGAUGGCUGCUUACUAUCAAUAACUCUUAUUUAUUUAAAAAGAUGACAAGCGUUUCUGAAAUUUUUAUUCUCUUGUUUCUAAUCUCUACGUCGUUAGCUCAUCAUCGGUUAAUACUUAAUUAUGCACCAAAUAAUGACCUCACUCCAACGUGUGUUACUUUUUUCACUCAUGUUCCGUUUUCAAUGCUUUCGGCAUAUUCUUGGUUUGUUCUAUUUCAAAAGGGAUUUAUCGAUUUUAAUUAUGAAAGUGAAUGGCUCGCCGUUAUGUUAAUUUGGAUUAUGGCCUUCAUCGGUUUUGCUUGGUGUUUUAGCGGGGUAUUCAGCAAUGGAAGAAGAGAUUUCAUAUUUAGUGCUACUAUCGCUUG